GAGAGAGGGAGCGAGCGAUCGAGCGAGCGAGAGAGAGAGAGAGCGAGCGAGCGAGAGAGAGAGAGAGAGACGCGCGCGCAAGUUGUUCUCCAUGCCUUCAGUCUAGCGGCGCGGGCGAUGGAUGUGAGAUUUUACCCGGCACCUCCUUCAAGCGUGGGCUCCUGUACAUUACCCACCGACACCAGCCUCUCAUCUCUGGACUAUUACCACUGCAACAAGAGCAGAUACAGUGUGGGCGAUCGAGGCGUUAGAAUCUACGGCGCUUUACCGGUGAGGACCGACCCUGAGGGUAAAAGACUGCCCUCUUCAGGGUUUGAUGGUGACAACAUGUACAUGAGCGAGAACAACCAAGAGUUCCUCUCCCCGAAUCAGAAUUACUCAGGGCAGGGAGGGGGCAACGGUAACGGCGGAGGAGGAGGAGGUGACGAAGACUACGAGAUCCCACCCAUAACCCCCCCCAAUCACCCAGACCCCCACCUUCUCCACCUCAUGGACCCAGAGUCCAGUUACCUGUGUCACUCCAUUCCUCACAACGGCCUGAUCAACCCGUACCAAUACCCGGAGCUGCCCGCGCUCAUGAUGUCUAACAUGCUCACACAGGACGGACACCUGCUCUCCAGCCAAAUGCCCUCGAUGCCGGCGUUUGGGGGGGAAGCUGGCAGGCAUUACGUCCGCGCCCACCACAACCCCAUGCUAAACCGAUCCGCCAGGAUACUGCCCCACCCCAUGAGCGCCCUGUCCCAACUCAGCUCUCAGAUUGGCCAAGGCUCCUUUACCCACGGUUCCCCUUCAUCGUCAGGAAGUCAGUCAGCCACGCCCUCCCCCUCAAGCUCCACCCAGGAAGAGGAAGUAAAGUACCACUUAAAGAUCACAGGAGAGAAGCGGCCAUCCUCCGACAUGAUGAAGCCCAAACCCAAACCUCAGAAGAAGAAGAAGAAGAAGGACCCGAACGAGCCGCAGAAGCCCGUCUCGGCGUAUGCACUGUUCUUCAGGGACACUCAAGCCGCUAUCAAGGGCCAAAACCCCAACGCAACCUUCGGAGACGUCUCAAAGAUUGUGGCUUCGAUGUGGGACAGUCUGGGGGAGGAACAGAAACAAGCAUACAAACGGAAAACAGAAGCAGCUAAGAAGGAGUACCUGAAGGCCCUGGCAACGUAUCGAGCUAGUCUGGUUUCCAAGACCUACAGUGACCCGGUGGACAGCAAAAGCACUCAGUCCAGCCAGCCCUCACCGCACAUGAUGCCCCACAACACUUCCCUGUACAGCGUCCCGCCCCAGCCCUCCUCCCCUUACCUGGGCCCAAGCCCCUUCCCCCUGACAGACCUGCAGAGCUACGCGGCGAGCGCUCCCAGACAUGGGCUGCCCCGAUCGGCCAUGCUACCCGCACUCAGUGCCUCCCCCCCAGCAUCAUUCCAGAUCAGCCCCCCUCUGCACCAGCAGCUCUCGCUGCACCAGGGCUCCCUCCUUAACCAGCCAAUCCGCAUGCAACAGGUGCAGUCACAGCCAAUCAUCUCUCACCAGAUGGGCCUUCAGGCUCCGCUGCACUCCCCACCCCCAGGACAGCAGGGAUUUUCUCACUUACAGUCAGAGUAUCAGAAGAGUGUUGGGGGCUCUCAGUCUCCAGGGGCUCCGAACUCAGUGGGUCAAAACCCUGACUGGGACAGCGAGUACUGCAACCGGGAAUGCGGCGGAAACCACUGCAGUGGCAGUAUGAUAGGCAGGGAUAAGCCACUCUACCUCACUUGAAGCAAAACAAGGAGACGGAAAAGAGAAAAAAAAUCAAACAACACCAGGGAGCCCCGCGCACCUCUCCACCCUCUCCCCGACACCAUCAGUUUUUCCCUCAGUGUCAUUUUUCAUUCGUUUUUAGAAGGAUGUGUGUGUGUGUGUGUACGCGUUCUGAAGACUACUAGUGAUCCUUUUCAUUUUUGCCAAGCACUUAAAAAUGUACAGGCCUCUCCGCCGGAGACCUCCGAGAGCACUCACCCCAUCUCCGAAUAAACUUAAGUGAAAAAGACAAAAAAAGAUGUAUAUAACACAAAUUAAAAGAAACAAAAAAAAAGCGAACUACCAUGAAACUGGCCUUCAGGGCCAAUGAGCUUUAAGUAAAUCAGAGGAAAACUCUCCUUGUUGUUUCUCAGUUCCUUCUCCUAUUUUUUUUGGUUGUCAUUUUAUUUAUUUCCUGCUUGCAACAUAGCGCUUUUUUUUGGCUAAUAAAAGGUCCUUUACUUUUGGGAAAUACUCUUCUGCAGGCGAUAUAUUACUGUUCAACUGAUGCUCUGUGAAGUUUGGUAGUAAUAGACCAAAUAAAAGAAAUACGCAAAUGGAAAGAUGGAUAAAAACGACUUCUUUUGUAAUUUUAAAGACCUGCGUUGGUCUUUACCGAUCUGUCACAGUGUGAUUGUAAAUAUCACUUUUGGGGGGGUCAAAUUGGGAAGAUGAAGUCAAGAUAUUUUUUCCUCUUUAAUAUGACUUGUAAUUCAUUGAUUUGUAUUUUAAAUGGUAUUUUGUGAAUGCGUGCCGGUGUGAAUGCGUACGAGGGAAUGAGUGUUUUUGUGCAAGUGAUAUCCCAAGAGUGUUUUACAAGUGCACAAUCUUGCAUUUAAAUCUGUGCUCACUGGUGUGAUUUGCCCCCCCAAAAAAGAGAUCUACGGCAAAAGCCACAACAAACUGCAUGACCCGGCUCUCCAUUUAGGCUCCCCAUUUCAUCGGGGCAAUUGGAGAAUGAACUACUGCUCCUCGAUUCUGGCUCGCAGUCAGGGCUGGUAAUCUGGCAUACCGUGCAUUUCCAAAGUGGGACGACACACUUUUGGGCCGACUAGGGGCGGACUGUCCAUCGGAAGAACCGAACGGGCUGAAUGGCUGUGACAAGCAAAAAUGAGCCACGCAUUAUGUAGAAUAGGACAACGAACACCCCCCCGCCCAACAACUUUUGGAUACCCAACAUACCACUACCACCACCCACCCACCCACCCACCCGCUCAACAACUUUUGGAUACCUAACAUCCCACUACCACCAAACUACUUUUGGAUACCCAAUAUCCCACUAACUCCACAUUCCCCACCCACCCAACAACAACUUUUGGAUACCCAAUAUCCUACUACCACCAAACUACUUUUGGAUACCCAAUAUCCCACUACCACCAAACUACUUUUGGAUACCCAAUAUCCCACUACCACCAAACUACUUUUGGAUACCCAAUAUCCCACUACCAACACCCACCCACCUCCGCCCAACAACUUUUGGAUACCCAGCAUCCCACUACCUCCACACCCCCCCAACAACUUUUGGAUACCCAACAUCCCACUACCUCCACA